GCCCAUUUAGGCACGUCGCUACAUUCAACUCAUCUCAAACCAGCGUAACAAAAUCUCCGCGCUCAGCACCUGCGGAUUAGCGAGUUUUGAAACUACAAACGGGUAUCCCCACUUUGUAAAGUACCGUACUUUGGCAGACGGCAAUCCACAUUGGUCACCAAACCUCCUGCAGAAGUCUCACGGUGUCGAGAUCAGCGGAGCCACAAGGCGGGUUUGCGCCUCGACGAGAUGAGCGAGGUGCAAGUGCAGUCUCCCGUAGACAGCGUCAUGCUACAAGGACGGAUAACCCGACGUUCAGUGUAUACGGGUCUGCCGAGCACGCCCUUCAGAGCUGACGAGGUUGAUUCCGAUAGUACCUCCGCGGAUGCACACUCGAAAGAGGACCGAGGGAAUUCACCGGAAAGGAGCGGAUACCGGGGCGGCCAUCGUGCAAAGGGUAGCGGGCGUCGAAGUCGCUCGCGCAAAUCUCUGGAUUUUCUAACCCGGUCACGCAUGCGAUCGCGGUCUCCUGCAUUGGAGCCAACACCUCCCACCAUCGAACCCCCAGCCGAAGAGAAGCCAUAUAGUGACUUUUUUCCAGAUUUGGAUAUUAGCCGACAUCUGGACUUCUUACGAUUACCGGUGCCGCGACCCCUCCCAUCACACCCUCCCCACCUUACCACGUCCCCAUCCUCUCCAUCCGCAACAAAGCCAACGAUAUCUAGCGAGACACUAGUUCCCCAUGACCCCGCUCACAACGAGUCUUCUACCGGUCAUGAUGAAAGCUGUGUAACUCCACCACCCGCAGAACGACAGCUGAACUCACAGGAUGAAGCGGCGAAGUCAAUCUCUAUGGCAAACCCAGUGCCCCCAAUGGUUGCAGAUGUCGAAACAUUUGAAGAACUAAUUUCCCGAGAGCUCGUAGAGAUUCCAUCUUCAAAACCACCAUAUGAUCGAGCCUCGCACGAGAGCGUGCUGGAUAAAGGCGCUGACGAUCUCCCUGCUGCAUCUUCUGAACCAAUUGAGGAGGUGGCGAAAAAUAAGGACAUUACUGAAGAUUUACCGACAGAAGAAGGCGCGCUGCAAGUAUUGGAUGACGAUCCAUAUGCAGGCGUAUCAGAUUUGUUAUCGCUACCUCCAUUGCCGAAUGCCCCACAGAACUUGCCAAAGCCUUCAUUCCGACGUCUCUCUGAACUGGCAGAGAGCCCUAUACCCGCAAAAAAGUUUCGGUUGGGAGCUGCCUACAUCCGGCACACAGAACCUUCCGAGGAUGAGCUGGCUCAGCGCAUAGAAUACGAUAUGGACGAGCAAGAUCUCUGUUGGUUGAAUAUGAUCAACGAUGAGCGGAAGAAGGAAAAUUUGGUCCAAAUAGACGAGGAUUACUUUGAACGAGUGAUGGAUAUCCUGGAAAAGGAAUGGUUUGAUCUGACGAAAGAUAUUCCAUCUGCCCGAGAAGAUGAGGAGGAUCCCGUGUGCGCCGUAUGCGACGACGGCGAAUGUGAAAAUGCUAAUGCGAUAGUUUUCUGCGACGGUUGCAACAUUGCUGUCCAUCAAGAUUGUUACGGGAUCCCCUUCAUCCCUGAAGGUCAAUGGCUUUGCCGAAAGUGCAUGCUUAGCCCGCACAAACCAGUGGAUUGCGUCCUCUGCCCACACAAAGACGGUGCGUUCAAACAAACCAGCAGACAAGGCUGGGCGCAUCUUCUCUGCGCCAUGUGGGUGCCUGAAUGUAGUGUCGGCAAUUACACUCUGAUGGAACCGGUCGUGGAUAUCGAAAAGAUACCUCGGAGCCGAUGGAAGUUGCAAUGUUACCUCUGUCAUACCAGAGGCGGCGCUCCCAUCCAAUGCAGUAACAAAAAUUGUUAUUUGCCAUUCCAUCCAACAUGUGCGCGCAAAGCGAAGCUCUACAUGAAGAUGCGAGCCCAGUAUGGUUCCGACCAGAAUGCCUUGAGGGCGUUCUGCGACAGACAUACACCGCCCGAGUACAGAGAGCAAGUUGAUGUCGAAGCCGCUGUGGCAGCUUUCCAGCGUGAAAUGUUGGAGCAAAAGCUGUCCCUCGUGAAUUCCCGACGAUCCGCCGCUAUUGAAGACUCCGAAGACGAAUACCCACCCGUCGGUACCGAUACAGAGAGCUCCAGCAGAAAGCGAAAACGAAAAAACUUGAUGCGAAUCACCGAUGACGAAGAAAGUGACGCAAGAUUGGACCAUGGCUCCGACGACUUAUCGUCAUCGAAAAGAAAGAAAAAACAGCGAAGACUGGAAUCAUCGACAUCGGCAGACUUUGGCGUGGGAGGUUGGAGCGACGACGAUGAGACGGUUGGAUCCUCUCGUUCUCAUCAGUUCUCUGCGCCAGUCCCUGUAAUUCCAGAGUAUAUACUCAAUCGAGUACUAGAUACGUUGCGAACUGAAUUCAAGGAGAAAAAGAAGAAGGGCGACUUUGAUAAGAAGAAUAAAGACUUUAUCAUACGCCUUUGUAAAUACUGGUCGCUGAAGCGCGAGUCACGACGAGGGGCACCACUACUGAAACGAUUGCAUCUAGAGCCAUGGACAGCGUCUGCGUCUGCUCUGAAAGAGGAUGAAGAGGCUCGAGCCAAGAGAAAUCAAACGGCCAUCAUCAUUCGCAAGGAUUUGGAGCGCGUACGACUAUUGACGGAACUCGUCCGGAAAAGAGAGAAGGAAAAAUUGAAACAGUACCAAGCUGGGAUCAGCUACGCAGAGUUUGUCCUCUUCCCUAUAACACGGUUCAUUCGACCAUUCUUUGAAACCAUUCGAUCGUGGGACAAGGACGGAAUUUUUGCAGAACCAGUUACACCCGAACUCGCCCCAGAUUAUCACCUUUUCAUCACCAAUCCCAUGGAUUUCUCCACGAUGAUGCAGAAACUGGAGAACCACGAAUACAAGGACGUCGGGUCAUUUGAGACCGACGUUGAGCUCAUCUGGCAAAAUUGUAUGACAUACAACAAGCCGGAGACCCCUUACUGGAAGACGGCGCAGCGGUUCCAGAAACGUGGAAGGCCGCUUCUGGAGGAGCUGAAACAGAAGAUUACUGGUUUCCCGAUUGAUCCGGACAGUGGUAUUCUGAGUAUUGCACCUGCGGAGUUCUUCCACAUCCUCUGGGCCUACUGGUGGCCUGAAGGGAAGGUGAGAGAGCUUUUUCCAAAAGAAGAAGAGCCUCUUCCAACUGUGAAGACAGUGGAGGAGGUGUCGAGCGUAGAGGAAGUUCAAGAGUCAGCAGCUGGCGAUGCCGGAGAUGCCGUUCAUGUAGAUGAUGAUCAGCCCAAACGCAUGACACGGUCCAGACUGGCAGCAUUAGAGCAAGAGACUGUGCAGAAGCCUACUCGCAAAGGGAAAGUCAAGCAGGGGACAGAAACACCUUUUAGUCCGAGGCGAGGGCGUCCUCCGAAAAAGGCCAACAAACCAACAUCAGAAGCGAUCCCGACGCCGCAAUCGAAGGUGGAAACCCCGAAAGCCACUACUAAGAGCAGAAGAAACCAGAUACUUGCGCAGAAUGAACCAGUUGCUGAAAUAUCAGACACACCGUUACGCAUGCGGUCAACACGAAAGGCAGCGCAAGUCGCCUCCGAAGCAGUGGCCGCGAUAGCAACCCCCGCUGUAAGGAAAACGGCAACGGUUGCUGCAACGGCCGCUGCUAAUUCAAAAGGCGCCGUGCCAAAGAAGGAAAAGGAGGACAUUACCGCACCGGAACCGGCUGUCAAUCUCCGCGAGAGUCGGGGGAGAAAGCGUCGACGUGAGUCGGAGGUGCUGGAGACUGCUGCUGCAGAACCCGCAGGCCAGGCAAGUCCUGCAGAGCGGGCCUCUAAGCGCAGCAAGAAGGUUCAAGCCUCUGAAAGCAAGGAAGCGGAAACUCCAAAGCCAAAGGAUGAAACUCCACGAAGACGUGGCCGCCCUCCCACCCGGCGCGAUGUAGCUAAAUCGGAGGUUUCAUCAGCGCCAGAGGAUGCCGCAUCCAGCUCUGACAUUCCGAGCACUCCUACACCGAGUAUGGUGCGCCGAAAAUCAUCGAUCGCGUCCAGCGCGCGUCGGUCGUCAAUAGGACUGUCAGGGGAAGGUGCCGACGAACGUCGACACAGCAUUCGACAUGCCAAAGCAUUUGGCCAUCCAUUGCCAAAGAUCGAAGAGGUGGAUUUGGAUGACAAUCCUGCUAUGGUCCAGUUUCUUGCGAUGAACAAGAGCAAAAGCCCUAAUCGUUGGCAACGCAAGCAAAAACCAAAAGACGACUCAAAUCCGGAUGAUCCUGAAGAGAGGAAACAAGAAGAGGCGGAUGAUGCCCACGAGGCGGGUGGGGAUGGUAAAGAUGGGAAAUUAGACAAUACCCGGGGAAGACGCAGUGAGAAACACACGGACGAUCCAAGUGAGAACUUUACUGACGUCGAUGAUGCUGAGGUAGAUGAUCACAAAGAAGCGGCAAGUCCGUUGAAAAAUAGAGCCAACGAGAUGGAGGGAUCAGGCCAAAAUGAGGACGUUCAAAACAGUGACGGCAAAGGGCGGAGGAGAACAAGAAGAUCGAAAUCUGUCGAUGGGAAGAAAAAAGGUCUCUUUGGUUGGCUGUUUCCUAAGAGUACAUAAAUUGGACAUUGGUCGCUCCUGGUCCAGUGAUUUUCGUGAGAUGUAUUAUCUUUUGGAUUGGAGAUGCAUCCUGUACAAAUAUUUUUACGGCGGUUGGAGAAAACCAGUGAAUAGAAAGCAAUUUUCAAUUGUAA